AAGUUAACUCAGUCUACGAGGUGGUUGAUCCUGUCAUGAUGAAGUAUGUAGUCCUGGUGACUGAGCUGAGGUGCAAAUUUCAGAAAUUUUGUUUGAGCAAAAUACCCCGUGCUGAAAAUAAGCAGGCAGAUUCACUUUUUAAGUUCGCUUCUGAUAGUUUUCGAAGCUCCAAAUCAGUUUUUGUUGAAAUUCUAGAUGAGCCUAGCUUUCAAAAGCCAAAGAUGAUGGAGAUUAGCACAGAUCCAAACACGCCGAGCUAGACAAACCCAAUUGUCUCUUUCUCACAAGAUGGAUCAGUGCCUGGAGAUAAGCAAGAAGAGAUGAGGUUGAGGAAGAAAGCGUCUCGGUACACACUUGUUGAUGGAGUCCUCUAUAAGAGAUCUUUCUCACUUCCUCUUCUACGAUGCUUGAACCCUUAUAAAGCUAAAUACAUACUUUGGGAAGUACAUGAAGGCGUAUGUGGAAGUCAUGCUGGCACUAGAACCCUAGCUCAUAAAGUCCUUAGACAAGGAUAUUACUGGCCGAAUAUGUAUAAAGAUGCUACUCACUUUGUACAGAGAUAUAGGAUUCCGAAUCAGAUUGUGGUUGAUAAUGGCACUCAAUUUAAUUGCUCUUCAUUGAGAGAUUUCUGCUUCAGUUAUGGGAUCAAAUUACAAUUUACCUCAGUAUACCAUCCAAGGUCCAAUGGUAUGGUGGAAUCUAUCAACAAAGCUAUCCUAGAAGGAAUAAAGCCGAGAUUGAAGCAACACAAGGCCAAGUGGGCAGAUGAGCUCAACAACGUCCUUUGGGCAUAUAGAACUACGAGCCGAACUGCCACAGGAGUCCCAAGCUUCAGGGUCACCCAUUUUAAUGAAGGACGAAAUGGACAACUGCUUCAAGAGAACCUUGACCUGCUUGAUGAAGUCAGAGAGGAAGCACGACUUCGAACUUUGGUGUACAAGUAGAAAUUAGCCAACUUCUACAACAAAUGAGUUCACCCUCGAACAUUCAAAGUUGGUGAUCCAGUUUUGAGAAAAUGCCGACCUUACUGGGGUUUGAAACUCGUUUUGGCAAACUAGCACCGAACUAGGAAAGCCCUUACACUGUAGCUGAAGUGCCACACUCAGGUGCUUAUAUCCUUUAAGACACUGAAGGGAGAAGGAUUCCUAAGGUUUGGAAUGUCAACAACUUGAAGAAAUUUUACCCUUAAUCCACUUCUUUCAAUAAACUUUGUCUUAUUUU